AUGGAGCGAGAUGAGAAGGUACAGCAGUACAAGACGAUCAAACGCUUGCAAAAAUCUUACCUUGUUCGUUGCAACGAGUCUUUGUCGAACAUCAUCCCAGGUUCGGGCGUGAAGCCCGCGAGCGCGAUCCGGCGCACGGAGCAGCAGCGCCUCGGUGAAGCGCCGAGCUCGGGGGUGGCCGCCUAUGUAGACUCUUGCUUGAUGGAGCCCGCCGGUGGUGCCACCGCCACAAAAGCAGCGGCCGCGGGAGGGGCGGGUGCGGUGGGUCGCACGGCUGGAACAUGGCGCAAUGCGCCUUUGAGGUUGCAAGAUGUCCGGGCUUUUGGCAAGGCCCUGCGAACUGCCUCGCAAGACUUUGUGAAGCUCUCAAGCCAGGUCAUCGAGGAUCACAAGUCACUUCUGUGGCUGGUGGGCACAGGCUCCUCAGCCCUGGCGGGAUGGUGUGUUUAUGUUCUGCGUCGUGUUCACUACGAAAGAAUUGAGGGUGCGAUGAGUGAGAUCUCUUUGAAGAUGAAAGACAUCGAAAAGAAAGCUGGAGAUGAGAGUGCCCGGCCCAUUUCGAAGAUUGAGAUGGCUACAUUCAUUGUGCCUGGGGUCGUCUCAGCCUUCUCCUUCGGAUACUUGGCAGGGCGAACUGUCAGCAGCUACAAGUUGCACAAGCGCUUGAGGCUCAUCCAUUUUCAGGCUCCAGACCGGGCUGAACACCAACCGUGUUUACGUGGCCGUGGUCCCAGAGCAUUUGUUCGAGGCCGAGACCUUGGCACGCGAACUGGAGCAGGCCGUCUCUCGCGAACGAGUGGUGACGAAGUCGUGGUCCUUUUCCAACGCCUGGUACUCCUCACCUGGCGACGCGAAGCGGCAGAGCGAGAGUGA